UCAUUUGCAGGCGCACGUGCAUUUAUUUUUCUUCACCCAUUUUGAAUACUCACACCCAGGAAAAAGGUAGUCUAAUUGCAUGAAUUGCUGAUGGCCUCACAAGUAGUUUCCCGGAAUAUCCGUAAAAUUCUGUCAAGUACUUACAAUCUCACAAAACGUAGAGUUGGGUAUGGAUGGUUGUGGUGUACGGAUGGUGGCUCUAGACCGGUCCAUACGGAGAGACCCUUAUGGGUGACAUCGUCAGCACCGGGGAAGGAAGGGCAAAGCUACCCGAAGCAACAGGUACCGACAGAGGCAGCAGAUAUUGUGGUAGUUGGGAGCGGAAUCAUCGGGGCCAAUGUGGCUUAUUUCCUUGGGAGGUUGGACGCGGAAAGACGGCUUCCCGGACAACCGCCGUUGAGGAUCGUUCUUGUUGAAGGAGAUACCACGUUUGCAGAAACGGCUUCAAUGCACUCGUUUGGAGGGAUUCGUCAACAGUUUACAAUUCCAGAGAAUAUUCUGAUGUCAUUGUUCACUUCACAAUUCGUCAAAAACGCUCAGGAACAUCUACAAGUUGAAGGCGAAGAUACACCAGAUCCUGGGUGGCGAGAGCAAGGCUACCUCUUUGUGACCUCUGACCCAACUUCCGCCGAGAAGAUGGUAAAUGCCAACAAACUACAAAGGGAGCUAGGAGCUCAAAUUGAUCUGCUUACACCGGCCAUGAUCAAGUCGAAGUUCCCAUGGAUCAAAACAGAUGAUAUCAUUCUGGGAUCUUUUGGUUCGAAAAAUGAGGGUUGGAUAAAUUUGUGGAGUUUUAUGCAGGCCCUCCAACGUAAAGCCAAGGCCCAAGGCUGUAGCUUCAUCGAUGGCCAAGUGACCGGCUUCGGCGUCCAGGGUAUCAAUGGCGAAUCUGACAUUGAUUAUGAUAGUGUAACUGCUGAUAGACGCGUCCAGUCGGUUCAGGUUCAGCUUGCAGACCGCCCCAAGGGUGAUACCGUUGAGAUACAGAGCUCUGCCGUCGUGCUGACUGCCGGACUAGCUACCAAGGGCUUGGCGAGGCUGCUCGGGGUAGGGGAGGGUCCAGUAGGUAGUCUCUUACAUCCACCAAUAUUUACCGAAGCUGCGGUACGACAUCACUUCAGCAUCCAUGCCCCGGACGGCCCUGCCCCUAUGGACACGGUACCCUUCGUCAUCGACACUCACGGGACCUACUUCAGGCCGGACUCGAAGCCUGGUCACUACAAAGUCUGUCGUGGCCCAAAGAAAGGGACGAUUCCAACAUGGAGCAACGAGGUUGAUUAUGAUUUCUUCUAUAACACCAUCUUGCCUGAGCUAGCGCAUCGUGUACCGUCAUUUAAAGAAGUGAAGAUUACGAAUGCUGUCCGUUCUGGUUACGAGAUGAACUCCGUAGACAGCAACGCUAUCAUCGGCGGCCAUCCAGCCUUCACCAAUCUCUACAUGGCAACGGCCUUUAGCGGCCACGGUAUAAUGCAUUCCUCGGCUGCCGCUAGAGGGCUCUCUGAGUUGAUUCUCUUUGGGGGUUAUCGUACAAUUGACCUUUCUAGACUAGGUUUUGACCGCUACGUGCAAGAGAGCUCUAUGGAAAGUGAGUUUACCUUCUGUUAAGAUUAGAAUUAACUCAAAGCUACAGUCAUUGGCAAGAAUACUUUCCAGAAAGUCCAUAUACGCGCUAUGCAUUCCCAGGUCAGAUUUGACCCGCGUGGGUCAAAGGGCACUCCCCCAUUGCCGGUGUCAAUGUGUAGGAAUUAUUUAGCAAUGACCCACUUUAGGUUCAUUCUGACGCAGUCAAAGAUGGCCGCCAACCCCGAUUUUUUGGGUCAGUGUAACACGGAAAUUCUGACCCUGGAACACGUCUUGCUCAUUUUGACCCAUUUUCUGCACGAUUUUGGAGAAGGACUUUUAGAGUAUCAUUCUUGGCCUUGACGUUUCUUAAGUUAGUUGCUGAGUUCAAGUAAACCAAGACGAGCAACAACUAUACCGACUAUUGAAGUUUAUGAUAGGAGGAGGGAUUUUUAUACACUAGCUAUUUAUUCUAGAACCACAUCAAAUAAUACGUUUGAUAGUGUACACUGCCCGGACACUGAUUUUAUUUUAAAUACCAACUACUGGUAAUUAUUAUUUCAUUAUCUACUCUAACAGACUGUUUGCCUUUUCGAUUUUGCAUAUCCAUUUCUGAAUUUUUUGGUCUCCGAUUGAACUGAAUUUGAAUAAUACAACUUGAUUGUGUACUUUAUUGAUAUUGUUAUAAAUAUCAUGUAAUAAUAUUCAGCAGUUUUGGCUGCAUGUGAUUUUGGCAAUAAACCAAUUAAUUAAUAAUAA